AGUGACUGUGGGAGUGUUUGUGUGAGAAGCUGCAUGUCGGUUGGUGACUGUCCACAGUAUUUUAAAAGGAACUAAAAGUGAUCACCAGAGUCAGGGAGGAGGGCACAGGAAGUUUCUUUGGGCUGUUUUGCAAGUUCAUUCUCUGUUUCUACAACUAAGGAAGGACUUUACUUCAUGAACUGCUCUCUGAAAGAGAAAUGCCAAAGUCUAAGGUAAACACUCAUAAGAUGGGGGACAGAAAACAUGACAAGAGAGAGCCAGUUGUGGAAGAGACAAAGGUGAAAGUGCUUCUUGAACGUGAAGCGUCAUUCGAGCCUGAUGAAAAAGCUGAUUAUGCUCCUGCUGGUGCGAACUCAAUCUACUCUGCGAUUCUGAGCAGAAACGAGGCCGUCAAAGAUGCCAAGCGCCUGAAGACAUUUCUGGAGCUGCGAGACAAAUAUGUGAAGAAGAAGGUUCUGUUUGAGGACCCCCUGUUCCCUGCAAAUGAAUCCUCACUCUUCUACAGUCACAGACCUGCCAUGAAGUUUGAGUGGAAACGCCCCUCGGAAAUUUGUCAAAGCCCUCACUUCAUCAUAGAUGGAGCCAACAGGACUGACAUCUGUCAAGGAGAAUUGGGUGACUGCUGGCUGCUCGCCGCCAUCGCCUGUCUGACGCUGAAUGAGAAGCUGCUGUACAGAGUCAUUCCAAGAGAUCAGAGCUUCACUGAGAACUACGCUGGCAUCUUCCAUUUCCAGUUCUGGCGUUACGGGGAGUGGGUCGAUGUGGUUGUGGACGACCGCAUUCCCACCUGCAACAACAAGCUGGUGUUCACCAAGUCCUUCAGGAAGAACGAGUUCUGGAGCGCUCUUCUGGAAAAGGCUUACGCAAAGCUGCACGGGUCUUAUGAGGCACUGAAAGGGGGGAACACACUGGAGGCCAUGGAGGAUUUCACAGGCGGAGUUACCGAGUUCUUUGACUUGGCCGAGGCGCCCAAAGAUCUCUACAGCAUCAUGAGGAAGGCGCUCGAGAGAGGCUCGCUGAUGGGCUGCUCCAUCGACGUUGUCUCAGCCAGUGAACUGGAGACUCGAACGGCACAGGGGCUGAUCAGAGGUCAUGCCUACUCCAUCAUAGCCCUGGAGGAGUGUGAUGAAGUUGCAAAGGACUCCAGAAUCCGCCUGAUUCGCCUGCGCAAUCCUUGGGGCCGCGUGCUGUGGAAGGGACCGUGGAAUGCAAGCUCAGAGGAGUGGUCGACUAUUUCCAUCGCGGAUAAGGAGAACUUAAAAAAACAGACUGUCGAGUCCAGUGAGUUCUGGAUGUCUUUCGACGAGUUCAAGAGGAACUUCACCAAACUGGAGAUGUGCAAUUUGACCCCCGACGCCCUGCAGGGUGACGAAAGACACAGCUGGACGGUAUCGGUCAAUGAGGGCCGCUGGGUGAGAGGCAGCUCUGCUGGCGGCUGCAGGAACUUCCCAAGCACAUUUUGGACAAACCCCCAGUACCGGAUGCAACUUUAUGAGGAGGAUGAUGAACCAGAGGAUGGAAAGGUGGGCUGCACCGUUGUUGUGGCUCUGAUGCAGAAAGGCCGACGGAAGCAACGCUUCCAAGGAGCUAAAUUCCUCACCAUCGGGUUUUCUAUCUACGAGGUACCAGAGGAGAUGCAAGGGGAAGAUCAACAUCUCGAGAAGGAUUUCUUCUUGUACACAGCCUCCGUAGCUAAAUGCAAAAGCUACAUUAAUCUACGAGAGGUGACCGAACGUUUCUGUUUGCCUCCUGGGGAGUACGCCAUCAUCCCCACGACCUUUGAGCCCCAUGAAGAGGGCGAAUACAUCCUCAGGGUUUUCUCCGAGAAGAAGAGCACUUCCGAGGAAACGGAGAACACCAUCGAGACUGGCAAAACACAGCAAGACGAGAAAAAGAAAGGAAAGCCUAUUGUGUUUGUGUCAGACAGAGCGCGCGCCAACAAAGAGAUUGAGCACGACGACAUUCAGGGGGAGAAGAGGAAGAAACCAAAGCAUAAACUGCUAGAACCCGAGGAGACAGACGAGGAAAAACAUUUCAGGGCCAUUUACCAACAGAUUUCUGGUGACGACAUGCAGAUCUGUGCCAAUGAACUCAAGACCAUCAUGAAGAACGUGCUCGCCAAACAUAGCGAAAUAAAGACGGAAGAAGGUUUCAGCCUCGAGACGUGUCGCAGUAUGAUCGCUUUAAUGGACACGGACGGGACAGGAAAGCUGAACCUGCAGGAGUUCAAGCACAUGUGGAAAAAGAUCAAGCAGUGGCAGCUGAUAUUCAAGCGUUACAACAAAGACAAAAAAGUCUCCAUCAGCAGUUUUGAGAUGAGGAAUGCCAUUAAUGAUGCAGGCUUUCACCUCAACAAACAGCUCUACGACAUCAUCGCCAUGCGCUACUCAGACGAACAACUCAACAUCGACUUCGACAGUUACAUCUGCUGCUUUGUGAGGCUCGAGGGCAUGUUCAGAGCUUUCAAUGCCUUUGACAAAGACGGAGACGGAAUCAUCAAACUCAACGUGCUGGAGUGGCUCCAGCUCACCAUGUACUCUUAAAUCGCCUUUUUCCCCCCACACCCGACUCAGCUGCGGACAUUCACGGCAGCAGUUUUGUUCCCGUCACUUCAGUCUCUCUUUAGUUAAACCGCCAGAGUGAACAGAGUGCGCUAAGAGCCUAUUCAUGUGAACAGAUUCCAUGUUCCCACCGAGUAAACGAUAUAAACACUGACAUCGUAAAGCUACGAACAUCAUGUGCGAGUCAAAGCAGUCAGUGAAUCAGAAGAAUGACUAUUUUUGUCCGUUUAUUGCCGUACACACACAGUAUGUAUUAAUUACAAAUGAAACCACAAAGUAUUACAUCAUACAAGUUGACAGUGUUCACUCUCACUUUCUAUUGUUGCCCGGAAAGAGAUGAGUGUUUGAGCAUGUUUAGCAGCAGUUUUGUAAAUAAUCCUCUCAUGAUCAAAGUUCUCUCACGUGUAGGAGUGACGAUAGACAAGAGACUAAAUGUGUGGAAGAGAUGAAGGAAACAGUGUGUCAGCUGUGGAGUCAGGAAACAUAACAAAAUAUUGUUGGUGUAGGACAAAAAAAAUCAAAAAUCAAAUCUGUAAUAAUGAACUGAUCAAAAAAAAAAGAAAUCCGACUUGAUGAUUUUGUGAUAUUUACACACACAAACGACAUGUUUAUACAUUUUUAACAGUAAAGCCGUCGUUUCUCUGUUCUACUUCCGACUAAAUGAUCCCUUCCGACACUGUGGAAGACGUCAGAAUGAAAUACUCGACCGCAAGGGACUUGAAAUUCAAAGCACCAACUCCACCAGCACCAAUGACCUGUGAUAGUUUAGCUCACGCACAAAGUGCGACGAUGGAAGUUGAAACACACCCAUAAAGCUGAGAUCGCAACCUUCGUUCAUAUACAUGUAAACAAGAUUCAUUUUAAUGGCAAAUUAUUGCAAAAGUCGUUUCACAAAAAGAGAUUCUAUCAUGCACAGUAAGGUGUCAAACGAAAUGCUUGAGCGCGCAUGUCGUUUCUUUGGUGUGUGUCCUCCAUUAACUGUCAGUGUUCACAAGGUCAAAGAGACCCACGUGUCCAUUCAAGUGGAAAUCCUUGGUUUUUUUUUUUUAACAAAGUGAAAGACAAAAAAAAGGCUCAAAUACUGUAAUGGAUGACAGUCCCGGCGUCCUCUGCGUCCCCUCAGUCAUGACUGAAUUCACUGUCUUUCUGCACGUGGUGCUGCAUGUGGACAGGCAGCUCCUGUGGGAAGGAAGAACAUCGAACUGAGCAGAGUUUUCAUGCGUUGCUGACUGAAGAUCCUUGCGCUUGUAAAGCCUGCCCCACACUAUAGAGGAGUUUCAAAUCUGACACGGAUGACAAUUUUUGUAGCCGAUUUUCAACACUUUCAGUCCUGAGAAAGCACAGACUUGACGCAGGAGCACACACUUGGCGUUUCAUCAAAUGAUUUUAAGGGAGGACGUUCCAGGGAUUUGGGAUCUCACAGAAACUCAGACUUCAGAAUGUAAACAGACAUGGAGGCGGACUGUCUGCGUCGUCAGUUAAUAGCCACUGUGUGUGUGUGUGUGUGUGUGUGUAUGUGCGCGCGUGUGCAAUGCUUUGUGGCUGAGAAGACGGAAUCAACUUGGCUUGUACAAGUUUUGGUUCAAUAGAAAAGAACGCAACGUGUGUUAAAUCCCUCACACUACAGGAUCAUUUGGCCAGAUAAUCUGUUCAAAAUCAAAAUCAGCCUAAAAUUGGAAGACAACCAUGAUCGUCGGAAGGGCCAGAUCCUCUAGUGUAGGGGCGGGGCUUAAGAAAAGGCCAUUAGUCCGUCACCUGCUGAACUGACUGCUGAGUGCAGAAGAAGGAGUUGCAGUUUCUCCAGCGACACUUGACCGUCUGCAGCUUCUGGUUGGUGUGAUCUCCUACAAGAUGCUGCACUAGAUGCUCCGCCAUGCCGAAUAUUAGAGAGCAGUUAUGCCACUGGACAAGAGGCAAAUGUUAAGUUAGAACAAAACAUAAAAAAGGAACAUAUUAAAGAAGAAUCAUUGCAAUCAUUCUUCACCCAGCAGCGGUGGUUUUUCAUCACGUUUAGCUUGACUGCUUGAAUGCUGCCAUCAUAACAGCCGGUGUAGAUCUAGAAAUGAGGAAUAAAACACAACCAUUCAGUCUUUACUCGUCAACCUCCUCCAAAAAAGGGUCAAGAAUGGACUGACUUACCACACUCUUAUGGAUGGACAUGCACAUCACCAUGUCACUGUGACCGCCGUACACCUGCAGGCGGUCGUGUGACUAGGAAGAAAGAUACAAAGUUAUAAAAAAUAUCUAGAGUAUAUAAAAGCACACAGGAUGUUUUCACAUAGUCGUGAAUAGUUAAUAUAGAGUUAACUGUUAUAUUUUAGAUUCUUCAGUGGCCAUCUUUUGUUUUACAGAAAGACAGCUUUGCACAAUUCUGUUUUUUUUUGUGUGUGUUUACUACAUAAUCAUCACAGUCAUGUGUGUUCUUUCUCUUCAUUAUUAAACUACACUUUAAAAAGUGAUAAAAACAACACUGAAUGAGAAGGCGUGUCCAAACCUGACUGAUUAAUGGUUGGUUGCACUGCUUAUUAUUUAAACUGCUUAAUACUGUGUCAAAACUGUGAAUAAAAUAAUAAUUUGA